CAUAAACAGUUCAAACUCUGGAGCUUCUUUAUGACUUACCUUUUUCCUUUCAUUAAAGGUGGAUUUCAGACUCAUAUCGCUACCAGGAACACAUGAACUGACAGACCUCUCUAAGGACCGGCAGUCAGUUUGCAUUACAGAGGCCCAGCAUGAAUAUUAACUGUGCCAGUGGGACUGACCAGUCAAGAAAUCAAGAGUCUAAUCACCCUGCAGAAAAUAUAACUCCUCCAAUCCAUGAUCCAGAAGAAGAUAGCCUGGCCCUAGACAGCCAAACCCCUAGCAUUUCUGCAGUGCCCAGGGAUGAUGAUACCGAAUUCAGAUACGCUUCUCGCCCAGCAACUCCCCAAUUAAGUAACAUGCCUGAAGAUACACCUGGCACUAAUCCCAAAGCUGGGAGUAAAAGACAUCUAGACCAUUUUACUGCUCAAGAACGAAAUGGUAGCAGCGCCAUGGGCUCCACCAGUAGUUCACAAUCCUCCCAGGCCCCAGAGAAAGUGACUCUUGUUGUAGAUGGCACUCGAUUUGUGGUAAAUCCACAGAUUUUCACUGCUCAUCCUGACACCAUGCUGGGAAGAAUGUUUGGCGCAGGUAGAGAAUAUAAUUUCACUCGGCCAAAUGAAAAGGGAGAAUAUGAAAUUGCAGAAGGAAUUAGUUCCACUGUAUUUCACACAGUGCUGGAUUAUUACAAAACUGGAAUCAUUAACUGCCCCAAUGGAAUUUCUAUCCCUGAUCUCAGAGAUACGUGCGAUUACCUCUGUAUCAACUUUGAUUUCAACACAAUCAAAUGUCAAGACCUAAGUGCUUUGUUGCAUGAACUCUCUAAUGAUGGAGCUCACAAGCAGUUUGAUAACUACCUGGAAGAGCUUAUUCUGCCCAUAAUGGUGCACAGCGCCAGGAAAGGAGAACGCGAAUGUCACAUUGUAGUAUUAACAGAUGAAGACACAGUGGACUGGGACGAAGACCAUCCACCUCCAAUGGGAGAGGAAUACUCACAAAUUCUUUACAGCUCCAAGCUGUACAGAUUCUUCAAGUACAUCGAGAACCGUGAUGUUGCAAAAACUGUCUUAAAGGAGCGUGGGCUGAAAAAUAUUCGAAUUGGCAUUGAAGGUUAUCCGACAUGUAAAGAGAAGGUCAAGAGGAGACCCGGAGGCCGGUCAGAAGUUAUAUACAACUAUGUGCAACGGCCGUUCAUCCAGAUGUCUUGGGAAAAGGAAGAAGGAAAGAGCCGUCACGUCGAUUUCCAGUGUGUGAGAAGCAAAUCUCUAACAAACCUGGUGGCAGUAGGCGAGGAUGUUUCAGAAGACCAGGAACUUCUGAUGCAUCAUCCACCCCAGGUAGAUGAACUUGAUAGGUUAAAUGCACCAUUCUCACAAAUGGCUCCUAACGAUCUGCCGGAUUAAUACAGACUAAGGGGUCUGCGGCUUCCCAGUAGCUCUCCUGUGUUGGGAAAUUUCUCAGCAUCAUUUCAUCCCAGGACAUGGGACACGCUCUCUUGCAAGGUGUUUUAUCCUUGUAGUCACUCUUAUUAUAGUGGAAUAUUUCAAGCAUGUUAAUAAUGAGCUCUGGUCCCUGCAUCUAACAGUGCAAUUGCAAGGACAAUUGAGAAGGAAGGGAUGGAAGCUCUUUGCAGCCGGAGGCUUUGAGAUUUCCCCAGGUGCCUGUGCCCACGUGGAUUGGUGGUGGUUGAGCUUCAUCUAAACCUGUGAAAGAACAGAAGUGUUUAAAAAAAAAAUUCAUCGUAAGAAGG